GAUGCGAUUAAAGUAGUCUCAAUAGCCAAGUCGAUUAAAGUAGUCUUAAUAGUAAAGUCAACGUUGGUGCACAAUUUUACCAUGCCGAACGAUCGAGAUGAAAUAUGGAAAAUACAGGAGAAUACGAUGAGGAUGUUCGCGGCAGAGAUUGUUGGUACAGGUAUCCUCUUGCUCUUCGGUUGUAUGGGAUCUAUCGGCAGCAUGGGAUCUGCAUCACCUUCGCCGCUGCAAACAGCACUCGCUUUCGGUUUGACGAUAAACCUCAUUAUUAUGAUGUUAGGUCAUGUAAGUGGUGCACAUCUAAAUCCGGCUAUCACCAUCGGUGCUGUCAUUAUGGGUCUAAAAUCAAUCCCGACCGGCGUGGUUUACAUCUUGGGACAACUUAUCGGUGCUACUAUGGGAUAUGGAGCUUUAAAAAUGACAACGCCAGCGGAAUUAUUCAAUGACGGAAACUCGAACUCGACAGCCGGCUUUUGUGUCACGGUUAUUCAUCCAGGGAUCAGUAGCGUGCAGGGUUUGUUAAUUGAAGUGUUUUGCACAAGUUGUUUACUUUGUGCGGCUUGUGCCACAUGGGAUCCUCGAUGUGCUCACAUUACAGAUUCAGUCGCCCUCAAAUUCGGCCUUUCAGUCGCCGUCCUUUCCUUUACAGCGGGUCCUUAUACUGGGUGCAGUAUGAAUCCAGCACGAACAUUUGCGCCUGCGUUGUGGAAUAAUGCUUGGAAAGAUCACUGGAUUUAUUGGCUUGGUCCAAUCUUGGGAGCUUUACUUGGAACGUAUGCUUAUCUAAUAUUUUUUGCAGAAAAACAACCAAAAAGAAGAAAAUCUAUUGGUUUAAGUAAUGAAAAAUCGUUUCAUAUUUUGUCACAGUCACAUAAUACAGUACCAUAAAUAACUUAGUAACUAUUAUAAACUUGAUAACUUCUUACAAUUCGUAAAUGAGGAUAAUAUUUAUAUAUCAGUAAAUUUGUUUUACACAACAA